AUGAUGCUGCCUUCGGAGAUUUUACAAGACCAUAACCUGCUUUACCUCUCAAUCUUUGGGGGGCUUGCACUUUUUCUUCUCGGUGCUGUAUGGAACGAUCUGUCAGACGAGAUACCUUACCGUCGGUUUCCCCUGGUGGGCAAGGAGUGGUGGGAUUUUUCGAACAAAAAAGCCAGAGAGCGGUUCACUCACUCUGCAAGAGCUCUGCUCGCAGAGGGGUUCGCCAAGGGCUUUGCUGUUUUCCAAGUGAUUGGGGCCACGAAUCCCGUGAUCAUCCUGGAUCCCAAAUAUAUCGAUGAGAUUAAAAACCACCCACUUCUGAGCUUUCAGAAAGCUGCGCAACAGAGCUUCUUCAACAAUCGAAUCCCAGGGUUCGAGGCACUUCACCAGGAUCACGAUGCUUUGAUCCUUGUCGAGGCGGCGCGGGUCAAGAUCACCCAAGCACUUGGCCCAUUGUCCAUUCCACUCUCUACCGAGUCGGCCAAGAGUCUCAAGGACAUCAUCGUCCCAUCAAAAGAGUGGACCGCAUAUAAUUUUUUUCAAAAAUCUCCCCAUAUCGUUGCUCGUGUCUCGACCUUGGUGUUCAUGGGUGAAAAGGUCUGCCGCGAUCCGGCCUGGCUCGAGGUGGCAGUCAAUUACACUAUCGAUACUUUCCAGGCCGGCCGUGACCUGCGCAUGUGGCCAUCCAUGCUGCGACCCUGGGUGCACUGGUUCCUGCCAAGCUGUCGGAAAACAAGACAACAUCAUGCCAUUGCAAAGGCCAUCGUUUCCCGUGAGAUCCAGGCCCGCGCUGAAAGGACCCAGCGCCAGCUCAACGGCAAAGUUGUCUCGGAGCGUCCAAAUGCACUUGAUUGGAUAGAGGAGUUGUCAUCGGCACAUGGCAUCCAAUCGGACCCGUUGAAAGUUCAACUUGGCCUAUCAGUCGCGGCGAUUCAUACCACGUCAAACAUGCUGACUCAUGUCAUGUAUGAUCUGGCCGCCUACCCAGAAUACUGCGAUCCACUGCGAGAAGAGAUCAAGGCGGUGCUUGCAGAAGAUGGGCGUCUUCAAAAGAGCACUCUUGCGAAGCUCAAAUUGUUAGACAGUUUCAUCAAAGAAUCACAGAGACUCAAUCCCGUCUCCAUCACAUCCCUGAACCGAGUCGCCACCGGCCCAGUCGAGUUAUCCGACGGCACCAAGAUUCCUCGGGGCGCGACUAUCGCAGUGUCCGGCCACAUCAAUUUCGACGAGUCAAUCUACCCCAAUGCCUCCACGUUUGAUGGAUAUCGCUUCUAUAAACUGCGUCAAGAACCGGGCCAUGAGCACCACCAUCAACUUGUGACUACUACCAACAAGAGCUUCGAUUUUGGACACGGCGUCCAUGCUUGUCCCGGCCGAUUCUUCGCCGCAAAUGAGGUUAAGAUUAUUGUGAUCCACCUGCUGUUGAAAUAUGACUGGACGUUCAAAGAUGCGCAGGCCGGGGGCCGUCCGAAGAGUCUUCAAAUUGGGGUUGAGGUUUUGGCGAAUCCUUCGGUGGAGCUUUUGUUCCGGGCUCGAGAGCCGGAAAUCGAUCUUGCGGCUUUGGGAGAGUAG